GGGGGCGCGCUCGCUCGCGUACGUGCGUGCGUGCGAGUUCACGGCGCGAGCCAGCCCCUCGAGCCGCUGUCGCGGGAGCAGCAGCCCUCAGAGCCAUUCCCUCGCUCGCUCACCCGCCCGCCCGCCUCAGUCAGUCAGUCAGUCACACACUGAGGAGGGACGGAGGGAGGGAAGGAAGGCGAAGGAGCGGGCGGGAUUAUUAUGGGCUGUGGAUGCAGCUGCUGCUGAGGGCUGAGCAAAAGAGAGGGAAAUAAAUAAGAAAUAAACAAAAAUGGAGCUGUCUGCAGUGGGCGAGCGGGUGUUCGCGGCCGAAUCCAUCAUCAAGCGACGGAUCCGAAAGGGACGCAUCGAAUACCUGGUGAAAUGGAAAGGCUGGGCCAUCAAGUACAGCACUUGGGAACCUGAAGAGAACAUCUUGGAUUCCCGUCUAAUUGCAGCCUUUGAGCAAAAGGAACGUGAGCGUGAGCUGUACGGACCUAAGAAGAGGGGACCCAAGCCCAAAACUUUUCUGCUGAAGGCUCGGGCCCAGGCGGAGGCCCUACACAUUGGGGAUGUACAUUUUUCUGUCAAGCCUAGUUCUAGCACAUCGUCUCCCAAACUCCACUCCAGUGCUGCAGUGCACCGACUGAAGAAGGACAUCCGGCGAUGCCACCGUAUGUCUCGGCGCCCUUUGCCCCGCCCAGAUCCCCAGAAUAGUGGAGUUGGCGGGGGCACUGGCAUCCGCCCUCCUGUCUCUCCCUUUUCAGAGACCGUCCGCAUCAUCAACCGCAAGGUGAAGCCUCGCGAGCCCAAGCGCAGUCGCAUUAUUCUCAACCUGAAGGUUAUUGAUAAAGAUGGGAAAGUGGGAAGCAGGGGAGGAAGUUUGGCUCGGUCCAAGAUACCUUCACGAAACCGUGUCAUUGGCAAGAGCAAGAAAUUCAGCGAGAGCAUGCUUCGUAACCAGAUCCGCCACAUGAAGUUUGGAAAUUUCCCGCUGUACAACAAGCCGUCCGCUCCAGUCCCAUCCUUGGAGGGGAAGACAGAGGCAGGAGGCUCCCAGGGUGCCUCUUGUGGGCUCAUGGGCUCUUCUGCCUAUGAUGCCCGCAGUUCCAGCUCCUCUGACUGCCCCUCACCAGCUCCACACUCCUCGUCAGAUCCAGAUGAUGCCCCACCAAAGCUGCUUCCUGAGACACUAAGCCCAGCCAUUCCUGACUGGCGUGAAUCAGAAGUCCUUGAUCUAUCAAUUCCACCAGAAUCAGCAGCCACCAGCAAGCGGUCUCCCGGAGGAGGGGGUCAGAUGCCAUCAUCUCCAUCCUCUUCUGACCCAGAGCAGGAGCCUGGGGAUUGGCGCCCUGAAAUGUCUCCCUGCUCUAAUGUGGUGGUCACUGAUGUCACCAGCAACCUCCUGACGGUCACCAUCAAGGAAUUCUGCAAUGCAGAGGAUUUCGAAAAGGUGGCAGCAGCUGGAGGUGGUGGUGGAGGCAGCAAAUGAGAGGCUGCCUUCUUCCUUCAGUGCGGUUGUGGGGAGGGGGAAGGGACAGGGAGGCUCUACUGCAAGAUCAUGCAUGGUGUGAAUGCCUGUUUUCUUCUCUCUCCUCCUUAUCCAUUCUUUCUCUCUUUGCUUGGAAAUUAAGACGGUAGUAGAGGAAUGGGAAUGGAUGUGUUUAAAGUUUCCAAAUGUCACAGCUGCUAGGGGUUAUGGUGGGGCAUGAGUUUCCCUUUUGUCUUCAAGGGUUAUGUUGCGCUGACUUGGACCUGGUGAAUAAGAACUUGGGUGAAUGGGUUGGUAUGCUUAAGAGGGGAAGGAUUUGCUUUUUUCAUCCUCUUUAAUGAAACAGAGAUCCUUUGGUCAACACAGGCAGAGUCUGCAUUCCUUUUUUCCAACUCUCUGCACCUCUGUACCUGUCACCUUGCUUUUAUAUCUGUAGCUUUGGUGAGAUUGUAUUGACUAUACCCUAGGAAGAAGAAGCUUUUUAAGGGGAAGGGAGGUUGGAGAGUAGAUCACUAUGAUUAGGUGGGGGCUGCUACAGAACAUCUGGGGAAACUUAUGUGCCCUAAAUUUUCAUUCUGCUCCUGGGCACUCUUCCUCCUUGCAUAUGCCAGAAGUGCUAACUUGGUAAUUGUGGUAGCCCUUGGAGUCAGCCUGGGCACAUUCUAUCACUCUCAUCUGUCUUGAACCAUUUCUCAGUCCUGGUUCUAGGACACCCUGCACAUUUUUUUGUGGCGGGCCAAACUAGACUUUCUUCAGCUGGCUUAAGUUGUCAGUCUUGUGCCCUGCUCCUUCCUCUUUUUAAAGUCUGAGGCAUGUGUGUCCCCUUCCUGAAACCUGCUAUGAUGAAAAGGAGAGGAGCCACACAUCCAUCUACGAAUGUAGAAGGGAUGGAAGAGUUGUGCAGUGAGAGUGAGCCCUGUUCUUAUUAACUUUCUCAUCCUUCCAGUGAGGUGGGUAGAAGAAGGGCCUGCUUGUUGCACAUUACCCCAUCUGCAUCUCUCUAGUGAGUGAGAUGGAAGAACAUUCACAUCUACAAUUCCUAGGAUCUCAAACUGCCUCUACAGUUGCCAACCAAAGGUGCUAAGAACCUAUUGUAAAAUCUUACUGUGUGUCUUUUGGAUCUUUGUGUGUGUGUGUGUGUGUGUUGAGUGCAUGUGCAGUGUGUGUUUGCCUCUCCCUCCCAUCCACCUGCCAACAACAUGCUGCUUUUCAUGAAUUCAUUCUGACUGAAACCUUUACAGCCUGUCUUGGAAGGAGAUAAAAAUGUGGCUUCUUUUGCUAUCUCCUCACCAUCCCGCAUAAUGGGUUAAUAACCAUGAACUCAUAUAUUUGUGUCCAAGGUUCACUGCAGAAGUAAAACAAUUUCUGCAAAGUUCUGCUCUGUGUUUCUUCUGCCAUCUUAAGUUCUAGCCUUGUUGCAAGUUUCUCUUUCCCCUCCUGGGUGCCUCUGUUUAGUUACCAGUGGCAUGUGUGCGUGCAGUGUUGCCUGUCAUACUAUUUGUAAUCUUCGUUACAUUGGGGUUUUUUGGGGGGGAGGGGUGUGUGUAUGUGAGGUAAUAAUAUUUUCAAGGGCUUGUCUGCAUGCUAUGCUGUCACUGAAAUAACUGCAUUCAGUUCUUAAUGGCAUCUCUCUUCCCUGUAUUCCUGUGUGAACUUUCUUCCUUUCAAGGGCUUGCUUAGUUGUUUUGUUCAGUUUUACAUUGAGUUAAUUAUUUAUCAAUACAUGUAAAGACUGGUGCUGCAAAAAUUGUGGCAUUUUAGCUCAUCGGUAUCUCACAUUAGGAAGGACGUCAAACCUUUUUAAGCUGUCUCACCUUUUCCUUAUUGACUUUGCAAAGGUCCACUUGGCUAUAUCUGUGUUUAAAAAGAAGCCUGGACUUCUCCAAGUACAGGAUUGAGAGAUGGUGUGUGGUGAUACCUUAUUAAUAAUCUUAAAUAUGAGUGUCUAUAUAUAGAGAUGCCUACCAUAAGCAAAAUGUAUACAGUAAUGUUAAACAGUGUGAUUGUCUGUGACAGUUUGAGUGUAGUCAGUACCUAAGACAUAUUCAAAAUGUUGGUUUUCCUUUAUCCUAUCAUACAACACCUUUUGUGUAUUUUAAAAUUAUUUCAAAAGAAGUGAAAUCUACAUGGUGUGCAGGCUUAAGUUCCUCCACACUCCUUCCACUAAUGUGUAAGUCUAAGGCUUCUUGUAAUUCCACCAGCGCAUGCUUUGAAAUAGCUGUUCGUUGUUUUUCAUGAGUUCAGUGAGACAGGUUGUAACAUUGCUUUGCCUCAAAGGAAGUGUGGAGGGGUUUUUUUAUGGGAGUUUAUUUUAAUGGCUGUAGCUUCAAAGGUGGGUGGGUUGGGUUGUGGGGUAGAGAUGUAUAAUGGGAGAUGGAGCAGGGAGACUUGUAUUAAAGAGAAGACUAAAGGAUAAAAAAAUGAAAUAUUUUAUGAAGCUGCAAGAGAGGAACUAUUAUACUGGGUAGGGGUGCAUACUAGUCAAUCGUGUUUUGAGAUUGCUUGGUAUGUUUGUGUGGUGUAUGGUUUUGAAGUUUGUCUAAUAUUUGAAAAAAGUAAAUGGACAAUAUAAAAGGGAAUUUUAAUAGGAAACUCUUCAAAUAUUUUAAAACGUGUUCUUGGCAGAUUCCCACCCCCCUUCCCUAGAGUCUCUUGUCACUUUGGUUUCUCUGUGUUUCAAAAGAGUAGGACAUUCACCUUUCUUGGAGGUGUUGGAAACUGUUGUCUGUUAGAAGCUGACUGAUUUCUUGUAUGGUACCUCCAAUGGCAAAAGGGACGCGGGUGGCGCUGUGGUCUAAACUACUGAGCCUAGGGCUUGCCGAUCAGAAGGUCGGCGAUUCAAAUCCCCGCGACAGGGUGAGCUCCCGUUGCUUGGUCCCAGCUCCUGCCAACCUAGCAGUUCGAAAGCACGUCAAAGUGCAAGUAGAUAAAUGGGUACCGCUGUGGCAGGAAGGUAAACGGUGUUUCCGUGCGCUGCUCUGGUUUUGCCAGAAGUGGCUUAGUCAUGCUGGCUACAUGACCUGGAAAAGCAGUCUGUGGACAAACGCCGGCUCCAUCGGCCUAUAGAGCGAGAUGAGCGCCGUAACCCCAGAGUUGUUUGCGACUGGACGUAACAGUCAGGGGUCCCUUUACCUGCAAUGGCAUCAGGUUGGCUCCCCCCCUCCCCAAAUACUAGAAAUGGUGUGGUGGGAGGGCAGAUUUGCAUGAUAUGUUUAACACGGUUUUUCAUUUCUCCUUCAUGACACUCAAAGCAGUGGGAUGAGGGACACACCUGUUUGAAGGCAGUGGAAUAAACCCUUGCCCAGAGGGUGAAUUUAGCUAUUAUUAUUAGAAUUACAUUUAUUUCACACUACUUACUGCAUCCCACAUCCCUAGUCUGUGAUCCUGACAUGGCAUUUGUGGUUCGCCCUCUCGUCUUCACAAUGACCCUGUGAGGUAGGUUAGACUGAGAGAUAGUGACUGGUCCAAGCUCAGCCAGUGAGCUUCAUGACUGAGUAGUAAUUUGAACCCUGUUCUCCCAGAUCCACUGCAACAUUCAAAUCUCUACACUGUACUGGUUCCUGGGUGUGUGUUGAAAGUGUGUCUUCAGGUGUCUACUUUUCCCACAGAUUAGUUAGUGUGGCAUUUGAUAAACAAAUAGGAAUUAAUCUUUCUGAUAACAUGUGAAAUAGCUUUAGUAUGAAAGCGGGAUGCCGCCUGGCACUCAUGUCACAAGCUUCUGUUUCCUGAAUACAGAUACCAGCUACUCUUGUCCCAUGAUGCCCAACACACAGGAUGCAUCCAGCACCAUAAUUUUGGUGCAGUGAUGGCUGAUGAGGUGGUACCAUGCUGAUUCUUCUAGUCUACUUGGAACAGCAGCCAUUGGACUGGGAUUAAGAACAUAAGAGCCUGUUGGAUCAGGCCAGUUGAUGCCUUUGAGAAGUGUGAAAGCAGGAUCCAGAGCACAGCAGCUCUCUUCCUGCUUGUGAUUCCCAGCAAUUGCCAUUCAGAGGCAUACUGCCUCUGACAGUGGAGGGAGAACACAGCCAUCAUGGAUAGUCACCACUGAUAGCCUUAUCCUCCAUAGAUUUGUCUAAUCCUCUUUCCAAGAUGGUGACCAUCAAAUGGAUUAGCAGUCCCUGUCUGUCUCAUAGUUGAGUUCAGCUGGUUGCUGAUGCUCUAAAACUACAUGACUGAAAGGCCAUUCCCUUGAGGAGGCAGGUGACAAGCAAAGCCUUGGCAGAUAAGUGAUUGUGAAACCAAUUGGAUGGAGGAGGGUUUAGUUGACUGCAUCAGUGGUAUCUUCUCCAUCUCCAUGCAGUAUGAUGACUCUUGUUGGGAUCAGAGGCUAGGGAUAUGGAUUGAGGUAAGUAGCCCAUAGAUGCAUGCGUCACUCCACUUGCGCAGUACCAGGAGUCACUUCUGUUUUGGCUGGGAUUUUGACCACUUAUUUGGCAUUAGCAACCGCAGCCCCUAACCAACAUCCCUAGAGAGUUCUAUGCUGCUAAGAUUUUACCAACCUGGUAGCUCAUUUGCUUGAACAUUCCCCCUCCAUGUCUAGAAAGAACCAUCACUCUUGAAGGGGGAGGGUCAGAUGCAUGUAAUGCUGGAAUGUAGGGUUGCUUGGUUUUGCCUUUAAAUUUUCCCCUUUACAGUAUUUGGCAUACAACCUCCAAAAGCAGGUUGUGUUCAUCUUUCCUGUUAAGUGGCAAACCUCGUACCUGACACAUUCUAGCCACCAGAUGGUGACAGAGGGCUACUGUUAGCUGCUUCAUGAUUUGGGCUGUCUUUUUGCCUUGAAUCAUUGUGAAUGUUAAUGUAAUAGAGGAUAAGAUACAUCCUAUAUUCUUUUGCGUCUGUGCCAUGUUUGUUGUACUUUUUGUUCUUAGAGAGGAGAGUUUGAAUGGGGGAGGGGGGGAGAAAGAAGCUAGUUUUGCAAAAAAAGAAAAGAAAAAAGGUUUUUUAAAGGUAAUGAGAUUUUUACAGACAGAGAAGGAUAGAGAAUUUAAAAAUAUUAAAUGCAGUGAUUGCACAAACUGUAGUGAUUUUAGCUGGUCCUUAAAGAAAAGAGUAUUUUUAGUAUUUGUGUGUGGUAGGGAGGGUGGUGUUCAGGCCAUUCAAAUUGGGCAAGGGAAAAGCAAAAAGUAACAGUUUCUGAGCUGAGAAAGCAAGUCCAUAAAAAACUAUUUUCUCUUCCCUCUACCUUCUUUUACUUGGGGCGGGGGGGAGGAAGAAUGCCUCCCGUCUUUCCUUCCUUUGUGGAUAUGAUCGAUCCAGAAUUCAGCCUGGUUCUGGCAAAGCUUUCUCAGAUGGGCUAUGUGGCAUGUUAUCAUCCACUUGCAGAUGAACAGUUUAGGCACCAAUAUAACCUACUGAGGUGAGAGCUAUUUGAUGAAGUGGGACAUGUUGCUGCUUUGUGGUUGUUCAGUAAGUAAAAGUAUCUAAGAUAUCAGGCAAGCAGGAAAUAUGUGUGUUAGCUGUGAACCAAACAAGCUAUUGGAAGCUGGCAAAACUUUCCUCAUAAUAGGUCAACCUCAAUGUAUACUGGGUUUCGUAACAAAGAAAUCCUUCUAAUUAAUCUAAUUCACUUUACAUCUUCCAGGUACAUUUUACCAAGAUGUUAUCAAGUGGGUAACAACCUUGAUAUGUGAGGAAAAGUGAUUAGGACCUUCCUGAGGAUAGCAAACACCAAACUAAUGAUGACAGCUUGGGUUGCAGUGAUUGCUUUCAUUCUGAGCCCUGAGGGAAAGCAAGGUGAAAGGAGCAAGUAUGUGUGCAAGAUUUUGACAAAAGAGACAUCAUGGAAGGGGAGAUUCCGUUAAAAGGGGGAGUGUUGGCUGGAUGUGAAGAUUGUCCCCAUAAUUUUUUAUGUGGCACUGACUGGUGGAAAAUGGGCUGGCACUUUCCCUCCUGUUCCAAAGUGUCCAGGCUGGCUUUUUUUCCAUGAGUGCCAAUGCCAAAUCUGUAGAAGAGACCAUCCGUCGUCCACUUCAGUAUCAAUUUUCAGACAGCAGAGGAACAGUCUCCUGGUGUUUAUAGAAUACACCCUAAGACAAGAAGGAUGAAGUGUGACAGUUUUUGUUGGAGGAAGACUGUCCUGCUACUUGAGCAGUAUAUUUCUUUGUGGAAGUAGCUUUAAUGUUUAUCUGUGGCUUGCAAAAUUACACCUUUGCUUCUAUGCUCUUAAUUGUUCACUUCUUGUAGUUAGCAGCAAAGCAUAGUUGAAAUUUGGCAUCUGUUUAGGAAAAAGUAUUAGAUCUCCCAGAAAGCUAAAUCUUUCCUUCUAGGUUGUCCAGCUUUCUGUAUUGUGCAGAGAACUCAUUUUUUAUCUGUUCACUAUUACCGGUGUCUCUUUUUCUCAUCUGUUACCAACCAGUUGAACUGUGAUAUCCUUCCUCAGGGGGACUUGAGUCCCAUGUCUCUGUAUAUGCUAACCUAUAUGUGUUAAUUGGUUAUCAAUAGGCUAUGGGUGCAUGCAACAGGCAGUGAUAGGGAAGUUCUGAGAACAAUACUCUGGGCUUGUGAUUCUUGGUGAGCUGCUGAAAUACAGUGUCUCCCAUCUCAGGAGAAUUCCCCUCUUUGCUCAAUAACUUAGUACCCAUUUUGGCCGCGGAGAAAUAUCUGCAAUCCUACCUCCAUUAUAAAAUGGGUGCUAUCUGAGCUGAGUCUUCCUGGUUAAUAAGCUCCCACGUUUCCCCCUCUUGUGCUUAGGGGAGGUUUAGUUGCUUUGCAACAUUAUUUCUUGUCCACCAUCCAUGGAAGCUGCAGUUGUGUGAGUGAACAACACUUUGGGUAACUGAGAUGGAGGAGAAAAUCAGGAUAAAGCAUUUCCUCCCCUGUGCCACAUAAUUAGGAGAGGCCCUUGGUUCCAGGAGGUAUAAGAUUCGAAGUGGGCCUUUGCUAAGGAAAUGUAAUAGGCCUGGAAUGGAUUUCACACUUAGUGUUCAGAGUCCUUCUGUUAUGAACCAUCAUGUUGCUAUUCCCCCUCCCCCUUGCCUCUUCCCUUGAGGCUUUGCACUGUUUUGCCUGGUGCAUCCUGUGCUCCAGUGUUGCUUGCUUUGCUGCUUUUUUGACUGUCCACUAGUGGUGCAAGAGCUGGGAUCUUAUUUUCUUAUUACUGAAGUGUGUGUGUGUGUGUGUGUGUGUGUGUGUGUGUGUGUGUGUAAAUACGUAAAAUCCUCCACUUAACCCACCACGGUGCUUUCUGUUAGCAAAGCCAGCUUGGGACAGUAGCAUGACCAUAAUGAUGAGAACUAGGAAUGUCUGAAUGCUGUGAUCUGCAAGCCACUUGGCUUCCAAAGUAUGUACUGAAGGAGGCUGUUCUUAUGAAAGCUAGUCCCAACACUUAUGAACAGCCCUAAUUGUAUUUAGUAUUUUCCCCAUAAAAUGUUUAGCCUUUACCCAAGUCAGGUUUUGCAAAGCCACGAAAGAGGAACCUGGUGUUGGAAUAUUCUUCUUCCAUGUAUGGCUUCCUCUCUCACUUAAUGCAACAGCAACACCCUGAUUGCCCCACAGUCUCUCCUGCCCUACUUGAGUCUUCUUGAGAUUGAAGUGUCAGGGUUACUUCUGAGCAUGUAUGGCAUGAAUAACAUCUAAAGCCACCUUUGGCCCAUUUAGUUCUUAUUGAUCCAACCAACCCAACGUUGGUUGAUGGGCAGUGGCACUCCAGUAUCUUAAGCAUUUCAGAGAUUUUUCCCAGCCCCUUUUAAUGAGGGAGGUUGGAGAUUCAAUGUGGGUCCUUAUUGUUUUGAAAAAUAUGUGGUUUAACACUGAGUUAAGACCUUCCCCCCAAUGUCAUUGUUAUGCCCUUUGUGUUAGUUCCAUGUUUUCCUGAACUGAAUUGCGUCAUCAGUUUCAUUUCUCUUUUACUCCAGUCUCGGCCAAAAGAUUUUCCUUGAAACAGAAAGGUGGCAUGACACUGAAAUGCAUCUGUGCAUUUGGAUGUGCCAUUGUCACAGAUCAAAGGACCAAGGCUGCGUGUACAUUGUUCAAGUGUAGAAUUUAGCCUCAGCUCUGGAAUUCAGCAUCUGGUAUGGGGUUUGAAAUUCAGCCUCGUAAGAAAUUGCAUUCUUUGUCCUGUAAAAAAAAAAGCUAACUUUUUUGGCUGCAAAUAUAAGUUUGAAAAUGUGUGAGCAAUGCAUGGUGAAGAAGCCUGAGCAUGGGUUCACAGCCUGCAUAGUUCCGCUUGUGCCUCCCAAUGACUAGCAGUAGCUGAGUAAAUGGUGCAAAGUAAGCAAAUCUAUACAUAUGUACUUAACCUUGCAUGACUUAGGCAUGUAGCAACCUUGGGUGAGUGCAAAGUUUAGAUUAUCUUGUUGGAGAUACAUAAUCUCUUGAACUGCAGAAUACACCCAGCCUUCAUUAAGACUUAAUCUGGAGAUGCGAAACCUUUGGUCCACCAAGCCUUGGCAUCCAAACCCCACCCGCUCUCUCCAGGCCCCCUUCUCACCACUGUUGAGCGGUAAUCUCCAACCAGCUGAGCUGUGUGGUGGGGGAGACCCCCACACAUGCUGUUCAGCUAUUCAGAUUACAUAUCAGCAGUGAGGAAAAGGGACCUUUGCUGUAUUUCCUGUGCUGAAUGGUGAGAAAAGGAGCCCUUUCCUCACUGCACAGCUUGGCAGUAAAGUGGGCUGCCCAUGGUGAAAGGGGCUAUACUCUUCCUCAAUUUAUAUUUCUGUGUUUCUGUGCUGCAUUAAGAAAGGGGAGUCCUAUCUCUGCUUGCAGCAGAGAAUUCAAGUGGGCUGUCUAGUCCAUUGCUGGUAUGUGGAGCCUGUCCACUUUCCCAUGAGGGACUUUGGCCUUUAGGGGGGAUCACCACCCAUUACUGAUGCUAUGUCAAGUAAAAGUAACAUCUUGAUGAAAGCUGUGUGGUCUCAGAGCUGCUUCAGAACAUAAGAACUUGAUAGGGUUAUGCCAAAGGUUCAUAUAUCACCUAUUGCUCUCUCCACUGGUAACCCUUAUUGAGUGCCAUAUGUGUAAUAGGCAGCCUGAAGACCACACUAUUCUUAAUUGUUUAUUCUCUGGGUUGCUGGUCACUUGCCAGUCUGCAGCUACAAUAUACAAAGAUUCUGCAGGGAUCAAGUUGGUCUCUCUGGUUUGCUAACAUCUGGGAAUUAUUUCGGUCACUUAAUUGGUCGUUGCCAGUACUGAAUAAGUGGGGAUUAAAAUGUAUGCCUUUCUGUGGCUAUAUUUCUUCCUUCUAUGUGGCACAGGAUGAUGCUGUGUAAGGCUUCCAACAUUGUAGCUGUUGACAAGGAAGAAGCAUUCCCAAGAUGUGCUUGGAUGCUGAUGAUUCCUUGUUAGUCUGAAGCUUUCACUAAAGGAAAUAAAGGCAUGCAAGUGAUCGGGGGGGGGGGGACUUUCUUUACAAUGGGCAGUAAAACAAUAAUAUGCAGGUGAAUAUGUUUUGCAGCUUAACAUUUGAUUGGAUUCAUUUAAGUCCCAAUUCCAAUAUGCUGAAAACCCAUUUCUAUUUUGUAUAGCACUUAAAAAUUGUUUUGCAAGCACAUGCUUUAAAAGUUCAGCACUCUCAUUAUGUGGCUUCUAAUGUGAAUUACUUUGCUAUUUUAAAUGGGGUAUCCUCUUCCAUUGUUCUUUGCCUGAUCAUCGUGUUUAGCAUUUAUUCUAGUCUCUCACAGAACCAGCCAUUCCAUAUGUUUUUUCCAGACACAAGAAUGACUUGUAGGAAUUGUCCUAUGUCAUUAAAUAGCAUAGUGGGGAAUAUUUAUUACUCAGAGACUGACAAGGAUAUUGCUGAGACUCUUGAGUCUUUCAGUAUCAGUCCUUAUGCAGUCAACACAUGUAUGUUACUUUUUUGGUGCUGGAAUGAUCAUGGAGGAACUUUCCAACAUUGCAUGUAUAGUAAUGUGGAAAGAAACCCCUAGUUCUUUACAGUCAAGCUUUUUAGUGGAGCAAGAAAAUAAUGUAGCAACUCAACUAUUCUUCAGAGACUGCUGUAAGUGUCCCAUGUAAUUAGUGGAAGAUUGUCCUGUGGUAUUCAUAGGUCAUUAUCAGUAGUAGAAAGAUGUCCCCUUAACCUGGGAAUGAUUUAUGGUUUUAAUCUGAAGAAUACUGUUGUUCAUAAGGCGUGACAUGCAAAGAAUGUGGGACACCUGUGCAGAUGCAAAAGCUAGACAGCGUUAGGUGGUGGAUAUUUUCCAAGAUGAAUGCCACAGGGGGCAAGUGACUGGCGGAAAGUUGGGACUUCUAAGGCUGCAGUUUGUUUCAUGGUGGCUGCUACCACCGGCCUAAAGUAAAUAUAUCUAAUCACGGCUUUAGUGAUGUUCCUGAUGCUUAUUCCCCCUCCCCACAUUCCUGCAAUUUUAUUCUCAAACCAAUUCAUCUGCCACAUUCUCUUUGUGAGUUCUCUUGAAGAUAAACCUCUUGUUCCAGGAGGUUCAGAAUUAGUGUUUGCUCCUCUUUUAUGCUCACCCUUGCACUUGCCAGUGCCAGGCCUCAACCUUGCCAGACCUGCUGCUGAUGUCAGUGUGAUCCCAUUGUGAACCUUGUUAAUACGUAAGGGCUUUCUAAGGCGAUGGUGGCACUUGCUUCGAACCUUACAAAACUGCAGUCAAUUGAGAGAGUUAGUGUAAGUCUGUGCAUUUGGCUUUUGCAAAGUUGAGGCCUUAUGCUAAGUUUUGUCAAAGGGUGAGCUGAAGUUGCUGUGUUCUUGCCUCUUGGCAUAUGAAAUAGGCUUUAAAAACCAAUAACUAAAUAUAUAUCUGGUAACUUUUUAAUUUUGGCAAAAAAUGCAUUUAAUUAAAUAAUUGUGCACGAAUGAAGUGUUAUCUAUUAUUUUUGUCUUACUCAUUUUUAAAUAUAGUGUUUGCAUUUGCUUGGUUGCUUUUAAAAAUCCAGUUCUCAGCUGGCUAAACUGUCUAGAGUGGAUGGAUGGGAAGCAUAGUGGGGUGGGUGAUUGAAUCACCACCCCCCAUUGGCAUUUCCAUCAGAAAAGUGGCUUGCUCCGGGUUUUGCGGGGGGUUGUGCUAAUUACUCUUGUGUGCUUGUACAUUUUGUUCUUUCUGCUGCUCUUGAGUAUUGUAUCAAUGCCAGAAAUGGGGAGUUAAAAAGAUGAACCCCAAUAAAUUGUUACAUUCCAAA